CAACUGCCAUCUCCAUGGCAACCGCAGUGUUGCUGACUGAAACCAAACAUUCCGUCUUGCUGUUCGAACUUGUGGCUUCAAGUUUUUUGUUGUUUGUUUUUUUGUGGUAAGGCACUGUGAGCAAGGAUUAAAGACAACCUGAAAAGGGUGAAAUUCAUAUUUGUACAAAUCCGAGAUCAGUGCCUCCAGCAUAAUGGCAGAUGAGGAGGAAUUAGCCAGGAGCAGGAGGUUUUCCACAAAUCUGUGCCAGACUGUGCCGACCAGGCAGCUACUCCUAGAUUUUAAUGACGGCCGACCUAUUUUGAGACUUGCAGCGCCUAAGGACCUGGUUAACUUCCCAUCGAUCUUUUUGCCCCGGUGGCCUAUAGAGUGUGAGGUCAUCAGUGACCAUAUUCAUCACAUAGAAUGGGACCCACCAGAGCCAGAACCCUUCUACCAGGUCACAGGGCAUGAAAGUGCACCAAUUCCAGUUGGACAGGAGCAAGGAAAACUGGUGUAUUGCACUGAAAAUGCCACUAAGCCUCUGUUUUUCACCCGCUCUCGUGUCGGGGGAAGCAAGGGCUGUAUUAAGGCCACCAACCUCUGCGAAGAGGGGCACAAGGAUGCGCUUGAGUUUGAGUCACGCUUUGAGAGUGGUAACCUUCUGAAGGCUGUGCAAGUGGGGGACUAUGACUAUGAGCUUAUGCUGCGCCCGGACCUGUAUAUGACAAAGCACACACAGUGGUUUUACUUCCGGGUCAGGAACAUGAAAGCUGAAAUGACUUACCGCUUCACAAUUGUAAACCUAAUGAAGAGCAGCAGCCUUUAUUCUCAGGGCAUAAGGCCGCUCCUCUAUUCUGAGCGGGCUGCCAAGGAGAAAGGUGUUGGAUGGCACCGCAUCGGCUCCAACAUCAAAUACUACCGGAACAGCAAUCAGAAUACUAUGGAUGACAACAGAACCAUCACUCUGUACUCCCUCACUUGGACUCUGCAGUUCCCUUAUGAAGCGGACACCUGCUAUUUGGCCCACUGCUACCCCUACACCUAUUCCCACCUACAGCGCUAUCUUAAGCACAUUUCUUCCAACCCUGUUGUUUCUUCAUACUGUAAAGUGCGAGUGCUUUGCCGCAGCCUUGCUGGGAAUAAUGUGUACGUAUUGACAAUAACGUCCCAGCAAGGAUACUGGGCAGAGAGCAGAGCCAGGAAGGCUGUGGUUGUCACAGCUCGGGUGCACCCCGGAGAAACCAACAGCUCCUGGAUGAUGGAAGGAUUGCUGGACUUUCUGCUUGGGGACUCGGAUGAUGCUCAACUGCUCAGAGACACUUUUGUUUUUAAGGUGGUGCCAAUGCUGAACCCAGAUGGCGUGGUUGUGGGCAAUUACCGUUGCUCUCUGGCUGGCAGGGACCUCAACAGGAAUUAUAGGACUAUGUUCAAGGACUCAUUUCCCUCUGUGUGGUACACACGUUACAUGGUUGAAAGGCUGAUGGCCGAGAUGGACGUGAUUCUUUACUGUGACUUUCAUGGCCACAAUCGCAAAAAUAACGUCUUUAUGUAUGGCUGUAACAAACAAGGAGAAGGCUCCCUAAAACUUCAAGCGAGAAUCUUUCCUCUAAUAUGAGCAAAAUGCUGUCUUAUACAGUUCUCCUUUAAGAACUGCAAAUUCCGGGUGCAGAAAAGUAAAGAGGGAACAGGCCGAAUUGUCAUGUGGAGACUCGGCAUCAGAAACAGCUACACCAUUGAAGCUUCUUUUGGAGGAUCCACAUUGGGUGACAGGACAGGAACACAUUUUACUACUCGAGACCUGAAGUCUGGAUUCUGUUUUUGUGACACCCUAUUGGACUACUGUGAUCCUGAUUCAACUAAAACCACCUACUGUCUGAUAGAACUGUCAGCUUUGCUGAAAAAGAAGAUCAGAGGGAAGCUGGUCAGAGAUUUGGACAAGAACCAUAAUUUCUCAGUGUCUGACCUGGAAACCAGUACCAGUGGUUCAAAUAGUACCGACUCUGAUGGAUUACCAGCACAUUUAGUGUACCGCCAAGAACUUGUCCAUUCAGAGCAAACUCCAGUGAAGAAAAAGAAAUGCCUGAGGACCCGUGCAGACAGGAACAAGCUUCGACCUCAGAGAGCAAAGAAAAUUGCACUGCUAAAGGAGUCCACCGUGCCCCAUAUGAAUCCCAUUAAAGGGAAAACUGCAGAGAGGACUGCAGGGAAAGAUAGGAAACGAUCGCAGGUAUCAAAUCAAUUGAAUAAUCUGAUGGGAAAAGCUGAGGUUCUUCCUCCCUCCACCCACCAUGAUGUGAUCAGUCACAAUGCCAUGUGGCACAGCUGUAAGGCUGUCAAGAAUACGUGGUUUGACUUAAAGAAGCCCAUGUGCCUGCAUCAAGGGGCAAAAGCAAGUCCACACCUUGGCUCGUACAUUGAUGUGUCAUCUGCAGCAGAAGCUUCAAGAAUGGAGAGAACACAGCAGCUGCACAUAAUUCCCCUCCCUCAGACUCCGUCUGAUUUCACAGAUUUUACCUGGAGACAGUAUCGCUGGUCCAGACAGUCGUCGAAAGGAAGCCUUCCAACUGGCCUUACUGUGCCGAAAAGGUCUGUUUCCAGCAUGCACACAUACAAGGUGAUUCCGGAGAUCGCUCCAACAAAACUCCUGUUGGGUUCCGGCGAGUUCAGCAGUCAGCAGAUUUAUGCAUACCGAAAUCCUUCACAUUUCUCAGAUCGCUACUUCAUGCCUGAGGCCUCCAUCUCUCUCACUGACAUGACCAAGAGCAAAUGGGAUCAGGAGUCAGACGAAUAUUUCGCAGAAGUGGGUCUGCUGUUACAGAGACAUCUAACUGUGAGUAAACAGGACUGCAGAGGUCUAACACCUGACAUCCCCCCAAGAGAACCUGGACCUGGUUGUAAUUUCUUCAUUCCUGUGCAGAGGCAUGCAGUCCAAAGAAGACAAAGACUUUACAAGGACACCUCAGAAAAGACAAAGGAUGUGCAUCUUUUACCUCAUGUCCGUGCCUUCAGGCCUCUAAAGAACCAACCUUCAGCCUCUGCAGAGUAACAUUCAGCGUCAGAAAACCGAGGCUGUACAGCGACACAGCAGCCAACCGUCAAAAGACCAUUGUUGUGGGGCACAAGAAUGAUAAUGACCAAAAAACUGACUCUACUAAUGCAUCAAAAAUUUGAUAUGUUUUUCAUGCUAGAACUAUGAUUACAGAACAUAAUGUACUACUUGUAUUUGUAUUUCUUCUACAUGCUGCAUUAACAACUGUAAUCACUAUGAAAUGCCAGUGUUUACAUACACUAAAUUUAUGGACAAAAACGGAUUUCUUAAUUUUAAUACUAUAAACUAUUUACAUCUAUAUAACAUUUCAUAGCCUCUUUCAUUUUAGGUAAGUGAUCCACUUAAUAGUCGUUAAACUUUUGUGAACUAUAGGAAUCCUGAUGAACACCAUAAAUUAUGUUUAAAGAGGCAUUCAUCUUUUUGUAUAUACUAUGUAUGUAUGUACGUACGAAUGAAACCCUGGAAAGUCAGACAGAGAAAAGAAACUUCAAAUUUGUCAUACACAUUACUUAUAAAUCAGGUAGACUGUCGAGGACCAUCCACUUGUAAAAUUAAAGGCAUUCAAAUUGACUCGUUCAUGAUGCAGUCAUGUGCAGGACAUAAAAAUAAUUUAUUGGCAUUUAAAAUUCAAGGCACAUUAAUAAUGAGACAACUGAACUUAUCUAAAUGGACACUGUUGAAAUGAAGGCACAACAUUUCAAUAUAAUAAGUAAAAAAAACAACUUUGUAACAAAAGGUAAUGACAUGGCAACAAAUGUCAUUUUAAACAAACCAUGUACUUCAAAUUAUAAACCAAAAUGGAUGCGUUCUGUUCAUUUAUAGGUUCAGAGUUGGACGUGUUCUCUGUAACUUGCAUAUACUGCAGCUUUUUUUUCCACAUUUGUUUGUAGUGUCUAAGUACUACUGCACAAACAGUUUUGUUUAAUUAGUUUAAAUUUGAAAAUUAGAUUUGUACCUGGGUAAUUCUGCUGACACGUUUUUAAAAAGUAUGAAAAUCCUACUCAAAUUUA